GGGCGCGGUUAAUAGGGAGUUUGGCAAACGUCAGGUAAAUUGUCAAAAACAUCUGUGACUUGUUUUUGGUAAACAAAGUUUUCCAAUACCAGGGCUCAAAAUGAAUGAAGAAAUCGACGAUACCGAGUUUUACCAACAGGAUUUUACUACGGCAUCCGAAUGGGAAAUAUUUAUAGCUCGUAUGGAAGAAAUCAUCAAUCAGUGGAAGACUGACGAGCUAAACAAUGAGGCCCCCGUACAGCACUCUGGCAUUUGGGAAAUUAAGACAGAGAAAAUCACUUUUGCAGACUUUGAAUUCGACUUGCUUCUGUAUAAGAAGACGACCGAGUACUCCGACUCUUCUGAGAGCAGCGACGAGAAUGAAAAGCAAACGAAAAAUCCGAUAGAUACGUUAUACGAUUUUGAACUAUACAAUGCAAACAAUGAUGCUGAACACUCUUUUCUCUCAGCCUGGUACGGCUUAGAUGAAUACUACGUUUUAGCAUCAGCUUUAAACAUAGGAAUAAAUACUGAGAGCAAAAUUAAAAUCCUUCUAAGCUCCGCAUACAUUGUAUCCAGCAGUCCGAAUUGUGAGAGACCCAUUUUCGUUCAAAUUAGAGAUACAUGGCAGAGAUGUUAUCUAGGUGUAUAUGAAGGAGAUUGUAUUAGAACAAACUUUGAAAUGGUUCAUUUGAAGAGAGGCCCAGGGCAUUGCUACUAUUUGAAUGGAUUAUUAGACAUGUUUAAGACCAAGAUCAUGUCACCAGCGUCACUUGAUUCCAUCACUGUCUCAGUGCAGUUAAAGUAUAUUCUUAGAGAAUUUGGAAGGUACGAGUGGAAGCAAGAUCUUUCAGAGAGUGAGAAUUUUAAUGUGGAUGCCUUACCAUUUGGCGUUACAGUAGAACCUAUACAUUGGCUGACACUUAGAGCAACUUGGAAUCACUUAGCGGACAAUCUGGUCAUGGACAGUGAGGGACAUUCAGACUUCGAUCCAAUGACUGCUCCAAAAUGGUCUUGUUCGGCCAGAAUGCAUGAGCCUGUCUGUUUGCUUGGAGAUGCUUUGUCUGCAUUUUUAAAUAACCUGGAAGGCAACACUACUGUCUACGAUAUUCUAGGUGAUUAUGCUACAUUGCCUUCAGCAGAAAGCAAUCCGUUGGACCUGCUGACAGAACCUGCUGUUCCAACCAUAACAUCAUUGUUAGCCAAAGCUGCAAGGAGGUCUUCUAAGAGUACCAAAGGCACUCCGCCCAUUACAGAAUCUGUCCUAGUUCCUUUGCUUUACUAUCUUUUCCCUGAUGCUGAUGAGAAUCCUAGCUUUCCAUAUGGGGGCAAAGAGGAUAAAGACACUGCAGAGAAAACAAAUGAAAAGGGUAUGUCCAAGAAUUUCGAAGAGGAAUUCAAGGGCUUCAAAACGUGUACCAAGGACUCGCUCACUUGGCGUUUGUCCAUUGUUUUGACCCAUGCCCUCCAGUCUUUGGGUGGGGUGAAAGCUGUAGCACACAUUUGGUACGAAUUCGUCCAGGAAAUGAGGUAUAGAUGGGAGAAGAGUAUGCCGAUACCAGGAUUUGAGGUAGAUGGAAUAGAAGAACCUAAAUAUUUUCCUGGUUGAUUCAAGAUAUUGGCAAAAAGGUAGUAAAAGAUCUAUAGGUCUGUGAUUUUCAAGAAGAGUUGGAUCUUGCUUCUUGCACACCAGUCUUCAAUUGGUCUGGGAAGAUUCCGUAUUUAAGAGCAUUAUUUAUAUGGUGAUAAAGAAUUUCUGUGAUAAUUGGAACUGGAUUAUUUAGUAAGAC